AUGGAAGAUUAUUACAAGCAAGCUAAUACUGAAGAAAAAGAUGUAUUUCAACAAUACAUUAACAAAUAUAUUUUAUUUUAUGGAACUACGUUGACAUUAACUACUGCCAUAACUUUCGCUGGUUGUCUCAUAGUGCCAUUAAUUCGGUCCCGCAGGUUUCCGCUAGAAAUAGAAUAUCCAUUUCGCGUUGAUUAUCAACCAAUAACAGCAAUGCUCUAUUUUCAUCAAGUACUUGGUAUGUAUCAGGUUACUUGUCAAGUGAGCGCAAAUGUUUUCCUCGCUCUUCUAAUAUGGUUCACAACGGCUCGCUUUGAGAUCUUGACAAACAAAUUCCGCACAGUCACCAAGUAUUCUGAUUGGAAAACAUGCAUACGAGAGCAUCAAGUAACUCUAAGAUUUGCAAAAGAAAUGAGUAGUUCUAUUGCACUCGUAGUGUUAUCAUCGCUCGGUGUUAGUACUAUAGCGCUGAUAUUCGGCGGAGUUACAUUCCUAAGCCGAUUUCCGCCAUCCGUAAAAAUUCAGUAUAUAAUUGUAUGUUUAACAUCAUUAAUAAAAGUAUUUCUGUGCGCUUGGCCGGCUGACCAUCUAAUGAGAAUAAGUUCUAAUGUUGCUGAGGCAGCCUAUGAUUCAUUAUGGUAUAAUCAAAACAUUGAAUCUCAAAAGAUUAUAUUACAUACUUUGAUACGAUGCCAACGAGCUGUAGUUAUAUCUGUUCCUGGUUUACUAAAAGCUUUAACAUUUCAACAAUAUACUUCUGUAUGA